AUGGACCGAUUUACACGAGUUGAGUUGACUAGUUCUCUAAGGCCUGCAUUGCUUCCUAACGAAACUAUACUUGCAAUUCAAGAUAAUGUGGGACUUUACGAAGGGAAUGAAAAAGUACCUGAGUACUCGAAUGGUAAAGCGUAUUUAACAACACAUAGAGCUAUAUAUAUCGAUUCUGAGCAGCCGCAAACGCAUUCCCUUGCAUUAGACUUGUCGCUGGUUAAGGCCCGCGAAUAUUUUACCGGUUUUUUAAAAGCUUCACCUAAAAUAAUUCUUCGAUUCACUGAAAAUCUUUACGCAUCCUCCUCUUCUCCUCGAUCGCAUACACCAAUAUCUCCCUCAUCAUCAACAACCUCUUUACCUUUAACUACCUCUAUCACCCCUACAACUUGGAUUUGUCCGAUUUGUUCUUAUUCGAAAAACUUGGUUAGCACAAAUCUCAAAUGUCAAUUAUGUGGGGUUAAGCGUCCAGAGGAUCUUUUGUCGGCUUCAUCUGCACCUCCUUUAAUCUCUCAAAAUGCAAAAGAGAGAAUUGGAAGUAAUGUUGAUGGGGUAUCCCUACAACAGGAGGAGUACUUAUCACAAACUUCAGAUACAGAUUCACCGUCGGCUAAACCUCUUGCAGAAGGGAUUGCAUGUCCUGUGUGCACAUUCUUGAAUCAUCCAAGCAUGAUAAGAUGUGAAGUAUGCGAAUCAGAAUUGGGGACUUUUAAUGUUGAUGGGUUAAGCAUUACUGCCGAUGAGGCAGUUUCGGGAUCGGCUUCUGGAAAAUCAGGGAACCCUUCGGCCGAUUUUGUGAAAUUGGCAUUCCGUAAUGGAGGAAGCAGCACUUUUUAUGAAAAACUGAAGGUUGCUAUGUCAGGGAAGGAAUGGGAGAAAUCGCUUGAUUCUAUUCCUUCGAAAUCGACGCCAAAUUUUGAUCCUGGGCGUAGUGGAAUAAAGGGAAUUACACGUAAUGUAGAAGAAGGUCAUAAAGAACAGGAGGAAACAUUAGCAUUGGCUUUCAAAGAUCUAGACGGGUUGAUGGCAAAAGCUAAUGAAAUGGUUAAACUUGCUGAAUCGAUGAAGUUGAAGUUAAGCAAAGAAUCAAAUGAAUCGGAUGCAUUAGCUGAUGAAGCAUCAUCCUUGAAUACCUACUUAUUGGAGCUGGGAAUAUCAAGUCCGGAAUUAUCGCUUCAGUUAGCUGAAUUUUUAGAGGGUAUAUUAGAAAAGGAGAAUGGCAUGAUGGCUUUGACGGAUAUUUAUUGCAUUUUUAAUCGCGCCAGAGGAGUCGCACUUAUUUCGCCUGAAGAUAUGUAUAAGGCAUGCUCUCUCUUUGAACGGUUAAACAUGCCGAUGCGAUUACGUAAAUUCUCAAGUGGUCUAAAUGUAGUUCACGAUGAAAAAACCGCACAGCGUAUAUUGGACGAAAUUCGAAAAAAUGGGCCAAAAACUGCGAUUGAUUUAGCCGAACGACAAAAAACCAGCGUCUUUUUAGUGACUGAACAAUUGCUGGCAAGUUUCUGCGAAAUAUAG